AGCCCCGCAAGGCCGGCGGGCGCCUGUGUGGCUUUGUGAGGGCCUCUCUCGCCUCGCCUCUCGUUUACACACGCUCAAGUCAACCUGACAGGACUGAGCCGGCCCGAGGACAGACGGGCAUCGGGUCAAUAAACUACAUCGCUCCACUGUGUGGUGUGUAGUGUGUAGUUUCUUCUUCUCGUUCAUCUUUACAAGGACAUCCAGUCUCUGGUGGGAAGUGGGAAGGCUUCUGUUCUCCGCAGGUCCUUUAGGCGUGUUGCGAUCUAUUCUUUGUUUCCAUCUGUGUUUUUGUGUUUGCUCAUUAGUAACUUAGUAUAAAAUUACUUAGGAUACUUAAUCCUUGUUCUUCGUUUUCAUCUGGAGUCGUUGUCUUUUUAAGCAAUGUCUGCGUGGAAUAAGCAAGUGGUGCUUCAAUUUAUUAAACUAUACGAAUCGUUGCCAUGUUUGUGGAAGGUCAAAUCAAAAGCAUACAGCAACAAGUUAACAAAAGAACUGGCGUAUGCAAAACUGAUUGAAUUCUGUCAAAAGCAUCAGGAGUCGGCCGAUAAACACUUCGUUGUGAACAAAAUCAAUAACUUGAGAAGUUCUUUUCGAAAAGAGUUGAAGAAGGUGGAAAGGCUCAAUGCUGGUCCAGUUAGGGCGUACAGACCAAAGCUAUGGUACUAUGACCAUCUCAUGUUUGUCAAAGACCAGGAGAUCCCUGGGAGGGGAAGGUCAAGUUUGGGAAGUGACCAUGUGCCCCUACCAAGCACAAGAGAUGACGCAAUAGAAAAAGAGGAACCCAUGUCUCCCGAAGCACCGUCGGAGUAUUCAAUUGGAUCGGCUGCUUCAGAGGAACACCAAACCGAUCCAGUGACGUCACACGUGUCGUUCCAGGUGUCUCCCCAUCUGUCGUCUCCGGGCUCAUCCCCGGGCUCAUCAUCCCAGGUGUUUCAGAGCAUAGUCAGGCCCACACCUACAGCGCCAACGGCUAAGAGACCCAGCAAGAGAAAGCAUGGUGAAGACGAUGAGGUCCUUAACGUGUCUCGGGCUAGGCUUUUAAAUCCUCCAACCCCAAUGACACUUGAAGAUGAAAACGAUGCUUUUGGAAAAACCAUUUCACAUCUGCUAAGAGGUGUAACCAGAGAACAAAGGAUACAUGCCAGGAAACUCAUGUUCGAAGUCAUGUAUGAAGCUGAGUUGGGCAAUUUGUCCAGAUUCUCGUGUGUCGUUGUAGCUGCGUCAGAUACUGAUACUUGUAGUAAGUCUCCUCAGACGAGCGGAUGUCCAACAAACCAACAGCACACCUGAAGUUUAGCAAACGUACAUUUCCCAGACUCAAUAGAAUUGUUAGACUUGAUUUUCCCAGUCUUUGGCUUGAAAGGCUUGCUUUAUUACAUUACUGUUAGUCUGUUAGCUUUUCUGAAAUUUAAAUUUAAAAUUGAAUAAUAUGUAUGGUGCUUCAUGUAAGAGACAUGGGCAAACUACGGCCCGCGGGCGUUUCUGUCUGGCCUGCGAGCCGACUCAGUAAUUAAUGAUGAGUGUGGUCCACGGUGAGUUGAUAAUUUGAUACAAAUGAACGGUCCCUCUUGCAAAUUAAAAUCAAUAGGUCCCAACCCAGCUAGAAAGCAAUGGAGAUCUAACAAUAUAUUUUAUGAAAUUACCCUCGAGUGACAUACACGAUAUAGUAUAGUCUCAGUUUUAGUUCCACUUCUGAGACCUUGGGUAUUUCAACCGAUUUCGCCCAGUUUCCUCUUGCUUUGGCCCGCGAGAUAUUCGGAAUCGCAUAAUCCAGCUCGCAGGUUGGACACUCUUGCCAUGUCUGACCAAUAGUGUCUGUUGUUUUGUCUAUGUAUACAUGAUGAUGUAUUCUGUGUUUUGUACCGGGAGUUCGGAUUGAAAACUACAAUAUAUCGUUCAACGUAAAUCAACAUUUCCGAUGUUUCAAUAUUUUGCCACUUUCAUUUCGCUUCUCAAAGGACGCAAAGAGACAGUAUCUGGGUGUGACCGGGGGCGGAAAGGGGGCUUUGGAGGAGACUAUAAUUUUUCAAUCGAAUGGGGAAGACAGCUUUGGUUUGUCAGUUGGAGGCUUUGUGAACCUUUUAUUUACAUCAGAGAUAACAGUGGGAAGCCGGAUCGUCUCUGAGCCAUGAACAUUAAUAGAGAGCAAAAAGGGAAUUAAAAAGUGGGGAGGGGGGGGGGUCUUCAUGUCAUCUCAAAAGAUAAGACUUGUUCUCUCCAAGAGAGAGAGAGAGAUUCAGAGACAGAUUAGAAAUUGGUCCUGCUUGUCCGUUUUAUUUAUACAUGACAUGUAUUAUUGUAUGAUAAUGUUUCUUCUUUUCCCCAUCAGGGUAUACUCCCCCACCCCCUUUUUUUUCGACAUGUUUGUGUGUUGUUGGAAAUAAAAGUUCCCUUUUUGGAAAAAGCUGGAAAACAUAUCAAAAUGUGAAUGUAUAAAACAUGAAGAAAUCAGUGUUUCAUUCUUUCUUACUUCUCAAAGAAGGAUUUGGCACUUAACAAAUGAAGGAGGGAAAGGCCUGUAAAUAUAAACUGAGACAUUGAACCCCCGCCCUCCCAGAAAAUUUUAACUUCACCCAAAAGCUCAGUCUAUCUAGAAAGCACAGUCUUGGACUUUGUCAAUAUAUUAUGAACUUCAUUACAAGCGACAAACUCUCUUAUCCCCACAGGCGGGAACGGCUGGAAUAUUCCUGUUCACAAUCCUGUAGCUCGGCCAGCCAGCACUUUUAGCUGAGAGAUCGAUCGAUCGAUAAGUUAUUUUUGGUAACGUUACGAGGACUUGUUGUGGCAGUGUUGUGAUCACGUGACCAGGGUAAGGCACAAAGCCUGGAAGAGUGUGACGAGAGGCACUGCUUGGUGCUUGGUUCAGGGCAGAUUAUGGGGAAAUUAAAGAAACAUGAGUCGGAAGGGCCAGAAAAUACACGUAUACACUCCUACUUUAAAUCAAAGAAGGCUGUCUCAUUUAUAAGACCUGGGUAUCUUUGCACGUAAUAUGUAUCGAAGAUCUAGAAAUUGUUUUGUAAAAGAGGUUCUCAAGGCUGAUGCAGGGAUUCAAAGAGGGAUAGCUGGGCUUGUUCACGACUGUUUUAAAAAUAAAAAGCAUUGUACACUGGAAAACGGUAAUAUCGAACAGAACCCGAGAAAAAUUGCCUUCCACAGAGCUCACACAGUUUGGAAAUCAUGCUACAUAUAGUGGCAACCGAUAAUGCGUUUAUAAAAAGGGUUUUAGAUCUAUGUAGAGUUUUAUUUUUUAAUGUAGGCGUUUUAUGCCCCCAUCAACACGUUUUAGAUCAUAGAAGGUGGGCCUCGACCCUGCUUGCAGGGCCAACACGGGUCGGGUGGAAUACAACGUCCCAGAAGAAAGAUGAAUAUUCAAUGAAUUGUGUUGGCGUGAUAUUGUGUGGUAUUUGACGUUGAUGUUACUCUGAAUUGGUUUCAAUGCAUUCUGCUUGGCAUUGUAACCCACAUGUCCACACAGGAAUCGUAACAAGUGGUACACGCAAUCUCUCUCUCUCUCUCUCUCUCUCUCUCUCUCUCUCUCUCUCUCUCUCUCUCU